UACAAACCUGCUGUGUUCUAAAGCUGCCCAGUCCCCAGAACCUUCUCUGCUGUUCCUGGUGGGAGCUCCCCUCCUCCUCUGAUGGCUCCGACCCUGCCCAUGGAUGCCCUCUGGCAGUACCAGUUCCGCCUUAUCCUUCUGGGCGACUCUACAGUGGGCAAGUCCUCCCUGCUGAGACGUUACACGGAGGGUGUCUUUGUGGACUGUAUCGACCAGACAGUGGGAGUCGAUUUCUACGUCCACUUUGUGGAAGUGGAGCCUGGAGUCCAGGUGAAGCUGCAGUUCUGGGACACAGCCGGCCAGGAGCGAUUCAGGUCAGUGACUCGGUCUUACUACCGAAACUCAGCAGGUUGGCUGUUGCUGUUUGACGUGGCCAACCGAGCAUCCUUUGAGAACAUUCCCAAAUGGCACCAGGAGGUCAUGGAGAAAGUGAAGCCCUUUGGCAUCAUCCUCGUAGUGGUGGGGCACAAGAGUGACCUGGUAGCCGAGAGACAAGUGACCCCUGAGGAGGGAGAGAAGUUGGCCUCCUCACUGGGGGCCCGCUACGUGGAGACCUCAGCCAAGAGCGAUAGCAACGUCACCUUGGCCGUCCAGCUGCUCACCCAGGACAUCUUUGAGGCUGUGAAGAAGGGGACCAUGGGCCCGAACACAGAGUGGGAUGGAGUGAGGAGCCGGGUGCCGGCCCAACCCAGGCAGCAAGAGGCAAAGAACAGAGGUGGGGAGGGGUGGAAAUGUCCAUGCUGGUGACUCACUGAAUGUCACACCGGGUUUCUGAGGUGACAGCUCCCAUCUCCAGCCUUGUACAUGCAUGAAGCAUGGUGCCUGGCCUCUUCUAGAGGGGAAGGGCUAUUUCCUUUGUUUGUUUUUUCCUUCCUUCCCUCCCCCUUUCACACUAAUGCUGGGCACAUAGUGAGCACUCAAAAAAAAGCUUCAUGACCCACUGAUUUCCAGCUAACUCUCAGUUACCUGGUGGUUGACUUAGCCGCUUCCAGGGUAACUUCUUUCCACAAAUAUCUGCAUUUGCCACAACUUUGAAUGGUCAACUGUACCAAAGGGCACCACAGAAUCUAAUCAGUUGCUACUCACUAGCUUUGUGUUCCUGGAUGAGUUGCUUCACUUCUCAGCCUUAGUUUUCCUCAUCCGUAAAAUGGGCCUGAUUAAUACCAAUAAGCUAAUACUUAAAUUAAUAAAAAUAAAGUAGGAUAAUACCUACUUUUCUCAUAGGGUUAUCACGAAGAUAUGCAGCUUCUUGUAAAAGUGAUUGGAUUUAUUAGGUUUCUUGGUCUUUGCUCACUGGCCCUAGUCUUUUUUUUUUGCUUUUUGGUGAGGCAAUCGGGGUUGAGUGACUUGCCCAGGGUCACACAGCUAGUAAUUGUCAAGUGUCUGCGUCAGGAUUUGAACUCGGGUCCUCCUGUGCUCUAUCCACUGCACCACCUUAGCUGCCCUGAUUUCUCCUUAUUCUAAGAAAGGCCCUGCCUCAGGUUUUUCAGCAUCUGCCUCAAGUGGGAGCUGGAGUGAACGACUCACUGUGAAUGUUGAAGUGGACAAAGCCAGAGCAUGACUUAACACAGAGAGCACAGGGUCGGCAGUUUGGGAACUGCCAAUGUGGCCAGCUUUACAGUCUUAGCAGGGUCAGAUAGCUCCUCUGUGGCUCUGUUCCCUGACAGUCUUAGCAGGGUCAGAUAGCAACUCUAUGGCUCUGUUCCCUGAUGACCUAAGGCAGGUCUAACCCAUAAUCAGCCCAGACUGCUAGACUAGGCCCUGAUCCUAAAGGAGGUAGGGAACAAAGACAGUCUCGGCUGAACCCGUUUCCUGGGUUGUUCCAGCCUCAGUGAUCCUGGUCAUAGUAGGCUGCAAUCUUGACUCUCUUAGUUGUGUGUGGCCCUUUGUACCCUCAUAUUUAUUAGGUUUCUUGGUCUCACUGGCCCUAGUCUUAACUGCUAGUGUUCAGUCUUAUCUGCUUACUCAGGAUAUGAAACUCCUUUGACAUCAACCUAAUAAAUUCAUGAUGCCAAUUCAAAACAUUUUGGGUUUUUCCAUUCCCUGGUUCCCUACUCUAGCGAGGAGCUGGGGCUUUGGUCUCAGAGAAGCCUUGGUGUCUGGCAACUUCAAACUGCUAGUCUGGAACUUCCCUUUGGACCACACUUUCUCCAACAUCAACUAACUUCUGGAGGAAUGAGCAGAGCUGGUAGAGGCGGGAAAAUGCACGUGGUGGAAGAAGCAAUACCAAGUUCUCUCCCAGGAAAGGAGAAAGGCCCAGCAAUCCAUCUGUUCCAGAGAGGUCAUGCAUUUGGACUGACCAGCCUUUCCCACGCUGCCUGCAACCUCUAGGCAGAGGUGUUUGUAUGUCCAUUCUUCCAAUUUGGGUGGGGUGGAUGGAAUAAUUGGGCCAAAACCAUCAUCCCAUUCCCACCAGUGAUUUGAUUGGCUUUUGGACAGAACACUGGAAAGCUCUAAGAGUGGGUCCUGAGAUCUCGAGUUAGAAAUGCAAUUCAGUUAGCAAACACUGCCCCCUGCUGUCUACAGUUGUCUCCUCAUCCCUUCACUCUCUUCUCCCCAAAGGGGAUGAAGGGGAUGCACCAGGCCAGUGCACCCUGCACUGUUAGAUUAAUAACAUCUUUAUUUCUGAAAAACAAAUCAAAGUCAUAUUCAUAUAAACACUGACGUUACAAAGUAUGGGGAGGAAAGGGAAACAGAAACCUCUACUGUCCACCAAACAAGCCCAGGAUGCUCUCUGUCCCUUGGACAACCACUUAGGAUAAACCACAAACAAAACCUCCUUCGGGCUGAGAUACACUGCUCCCUUCUGAGAGGGCAAGUAAAAGGAAGGGGAACUGGGACCAUAUAAUGGCUAGGGUUUUUUUGGCAGGAGUCUCCUCAGUCACUAUAGAUAUUGCUGUACUGUUAAUAAAAAUAUAUAUGCUUCUCUUUAAAGCAUAAAAAAAAA